AUGGCUUCGGAAACCAAGGCAGACUGGGACGUCCCAGACCCCCUCCCAUUGAACGUCCAGGGAAUCCCACAGCAGGUUCUCACCCGGGAAGAAGUCGAGAUCACCUCCCUGGAUGCCCCCCAGAUAACGGAGGCUAUACAGACCCGCCGCUUCUCAUGCGAGACGGUUGUCCGCGCAUUUCUCCGCCGCGCUGCGUUAGCACAGGAAUUGGUCAACUGCGUGACAGGUCUGCUGCCCGAGUAUGCAAUUGAACGGGCUCGAUACCUGGACUCCCUCCCCCAGCCACUGGGUCCGUUGCACGGUAUCCCCGUUUCCGUAAAGGAACAGUUCGGGUUCGAGGGCAGAGUGACGACCAACUCAUUCGUGGCCUGGCGGGAUAGACCGCAAGGCCCGCCCUGCAGCCUGAAUCGGCGGCUGGAGGAUGCAGGCGCGGUCAUCAUCGCCCGCACGACGCAGCCGCAGACUGCCAUGCAUCUCGAGACGAACAGCAACCUGUACGGCCGUACUUUGAACCCCUGGAACCGCAACUUGACCAGCGGAGGGAGCUCUGGGGGGGAGGGCGCAUUAAUAGUCUUGGGUGGGAGUGCUCUCGGAAUCGGUGGCGACAUUGGCGGCUCGAUCCGUUGCCCAGCAGCAAACUGCGGCGUGUAUGGCUUCAAGCCUACUCCCUUUCGGAUUGGGAAUACGGGGACAAUGGGCACAAUAUCUGGCCAGGAGGGUAUUAUCGGUUGUCUUGGUCCGCUGUCGCCCUCUCUGGCGGGUAUAGAACUGUUCAUGAAGGCCUAUCUAGGCCAGUCACCAUGGAUGGAAGAAAACACACUUGUCCCAGUCCCGUGGAGAGAGAUCAGUCUCCCAUCCAACUUGAAGAUCGCUGUGAUGUGGUCUGACGGGGUUGUCAACCCGCACCCGCCUAUCACUCGGGCAUUGAAGUCAGUGGUCAGCGCCCUGAGAGAUGCCGGGGUCACCGUCGUGGACUGGAAGCCAGAAGGACACGAAGAGGCCUGGGAAAUCACCAGUGCGCUCUAUUUCGAAGACGGCGGCCAGCGAGUGCGUGAGAUCCUGGCUCUCGGCGAUGAGCCCGCCCUACCUUUGACUGAGUGGCUCUUGACGGAAACCAACAUUCGCGCACGCAGUGUCCAGGAGGUUUGGGAGCUCAAAACGAAACGAAAUGCAUAUCGAGCGAUGUAUAACAAUCUCUGGCUGUCCACCGGAAAGGAUGAUGGGCAUGUCGUCGACGCCAUCCUCUGUCCAGUUGGCCCGGGGUGUGCUCCUCCUCACGACCAAGCCAAGUAUUGGGGUUACACCUCCCACUGGAAUCUGCUGGAAUACCCGGCCAUCGCCUUCCCAGUGGCCCGCGUGGAUGCGGAACUGGAUCAAGCAGAUUCCACCUAUUCGCCGAUGAAUGAGAAGGACAGCUUCAACCAUAGCCUGUAUCCGGGGCCAGAAAUGUACAAGGAUGCUCCAGUCUCGCUGCAAUUGGUGACCAGACGCUUCGAAGAUGAGAAGUGUCUUGCUGUGACAAGAUUAAUAGAACAAGCAAUGAAGAAUUAG